AUGAAUGCCUUCGGAAAGCCGUGCUCCGAGUACGACUUCAUCGGCGUCGGCUGCAACUUGUUCCUUUCUGGAACCAUUAUUGCGUCUGUUUUUUUAGUUCUUCGGAAAAUUUAAGAUGAUCUAAAGGUGUCUCAGAAACUCCUAACCGUUUUUUCUGAAACUUGUGAGGACCUUGGAAAGUUUUAUUAGAAGGGAAGCUUCUAUACGGCGUUUUUUCACGACCUGCUCAUAAUUUUCCGUAAAGUGUGGUGUGUAGUGUGCAUGCACUGGCUCUCGCACAUGACGUGUUCAAAAAAUGUUUCGCGAAAUUCAAAAUUAUCUUUGAAUUUCGCGAAACAUUUUUUUUUUACAUAUUUUUAACUUUCUGACGGCUAUUUUGAAUUUUGCGGGAUCACUUUUAACACGGCAACAGAAAAAUUACGUUUUUUUCAAUGAGAAAAUUAUUCGACUCAUAACUCAUUGAACAUGCGCCUUCAAUAAUUCUUGUCGUUGACACGUUUAUUACGAUUUUCUCUCGCUAGAAUCUAUAGAAAGUUCAGUUUUCCGAAUAACCAAGUUGACUGGCUUUUUUGGAAUAGCUCCAGCUGAUUUGAAGCCCACUUUUCCAAUUUUAAUGGACCUUUUUUGAAUUCAUGUGACAAUACUUGGAAUUAUUAGGAUUUGAACUGAUUUUUGAAGGACGAUCCUUUUUUCGAAGCUGUCUUGGAACCUCUCCAUAGCUUUUUCAAAGAAUUUUAUUCAAAAGAUAUUUAAUUUCAGUUGUAACUUCUAGAAGGUUUAGUAAUUUUUUUCAAUGCCAAUUGGACUUGUUUUUACAAAUUUCAUUUUUAUUUUGGCGCUAUUUUUUUUCCGAAAAAAAGUAAAUUUUUCAAGGCAUAUCUUUUUACACGAAACAUGACCGAUUCAUUUUUUUAAAUGUGUUUAAUGGAAUACUUGACAAUUUCCUUUCAAAAAAACUCUUCAACACUCCCCCUUUUUUUGGAAAAAGUUUAAAGGGGGACAAAGUUUUGAGUGAUUUUAACAGCAUUUUUGAGUAAAUUUUUGAAAAUGUAAAGAAUUCGAAGUUAUUGUUAAAUAUUUGAAGGAUCUAAAUUUAAUGAAACUCUUAGCUUUUCAGAAACAAUAACAAGAAAGACUUUGACUUGGGCCAAGUCACGUUUGGCUCGAAUUUCGGCGACAUUAGGUUCGACGAAAAAAAUAAUCAACGGGUCACGUGGCUAAAUCUUCCCUACAAUGUUGGUUUUUAUUUCUUUUUUUUCGAGACAAUCUGAAAUUUUUUAUUUUUCACCAAUUAUUAAAAAUUGAGUUGAAGUUAUCGCAAAUAAAAGCGGAAGCUGUGUCGAAAAUCGUGCAAAAUUGCAAAAUUAACAGAAUGUGUAGCAAAGUUGCUCUAUUGCAACAGUCGAAAACUUUUCCGAAAAAAAUUUUUUUUAUUUUAUUAUUUUUUUUCUUUUUAUAAAUAAACUUUUUCGGUCAGGAAAUUUUUUUACGUAAGAGAUAGCCUAUUUCGAUGGAGUAACGUAGGAAUUUUCGAAAGCCGUCAAUAUUUUUUUAGGAAAUAUUACCUGAAAUUCCAACUUGAGUACAUUUUUGGUGAUAAAAUCUGUGUUUAUUUCCUAAUUUUUGCUUUUCCAACCUGCGCAAACCGUUUUUCUGAACUUAUUUUUAAACGGAAAGGAAAAAAUGAUUUCUCCAGGGCUUCCUGAUUCAUGUGAAGCUUUCCUCCGACAAUAAUACCCUCGUCGACUCAUUCAAUGUCAGUUUGGACGCAUCUUCUUCAACUAAAGGCUAUCAAGUCUUCACAAGUGAUGUCGGAACUGUGUCAGUUUUCAUUUUUCGAAGCUUGUUUCAUGGUUUUUUUCUGCUUUUUUCUGCUAAAAUUGAUUUUUGCAGUAUAAAUGAGUCAUAAAAACGUAGGUAUAACUUUUGAGGAUCGAAAAAGUUCAAGAUUUUUAGUGGCCACUAUAGGGCUUCAACGUUUUCGUGACCACUAUAGUAGUCAAAUUAGUGGCCACUUAAGGGGUUAAAAAUAGUGGCCACUAUAGAGUUUUAAGUGCUACUGCUAGGCCAUUAAAAAUUUUAGUGGCCACUUUAGGGGUCAAUGGAUCAACAUAACUGGUCCAAUCUGUUAGUUUUAAAAUUAUCAGAGUUACUGGAAGGAAUACUGGAUGAAAAACUACUGAAGUGGCCACUAAAACGGAAAAUAGGGACCACUAUAGAGGUGGGUUUAGUGGCCACUUUAGUGUCCUCUCCAAGUAGUUCUUGGCGAGCCUCUAUAGUGGCCACUAGAAAUUUUCCCAGAUGCUUUUUUAAAUUUCUCACUAAGGAUUUUUUAAAAAGAUUAUGGAAUAUGAUUCAAUUUGAAUCAAAAUCUUUCAUGACACUUUUUGAUUUUUUUUAAGCCUGAGUUUCGCCUGGACCUCUAACGCGACGCCGACUACACCAACCGCCGGAACUACCACUGUUUCCGGAUCAACCGGCGUUUCUGGACAGACUGUUCCUACCACCACUGCUGGUAGGAGUGAAAAAAAACUGGGAAAAGUUCAUUUGUGUAUCGGAAGUUUUUCAUUGGAAAAAAGUGUGAAGUGCAGAAAACGGGUGCAAAAUGGCCGCUAAAAGGGUUCCGUUUUGCGGCCUUUAUUGAGCCUUUCUUUCUGGGUGGGCUAAAAAGGCUCAAGAAAGGGUCUAAAAAGGGUGCUGAAAGUCUCAGCCAUUAAUCGUUUCCGAUUUUAUUACUGUAGCCCAUUUCGGGUCAUACACAGUCACUGGUGAAGAUUAUUUUCAAUUAAAAAAAUUUUGUGGUUUUUAAAAGGGUCCAAAAAAGAUCCAAAAAAGGUCCAAAAAAGGUCUAAAAAAGGUCCAAAAAGGUCCAAAAAGGGUCCAGAAAGGGUCCAAAAAGGGUCCAAAAAAGAUCCAAAGAAGGUCCAAAAAAGGUCCAAAAAAGGUCCAAAAAAGGUCUAAAAAAGGUCCAAAAAGGUCCAAAAAGGGUCCAGAAAGGGUCCAGAAAGGGUCCAAAAAGGUCAAAAAAGGGUCCAAAAAGGGUUCAAAACAGGUCCAAAAAGGGUUCAAAAAGGGUCCGAAAAAGGUCCAAAAAAGGUCCAAAAAGGGUAGAUAAAGGCCCAAAAAAGGACGGAAAAAGGUAGUAAAAAGGAAACCGUUGCCACCCGUUUAGGAACAAUUAAUGAAAACCUUUAGGGGCCAUUAAGGGGUCCUUACGACUUUGCCUAUGAAAGUCUACCACUAAAAAAGUCUCUUCGCUUCGAGACCUCUAGAUAUUUUGUACAUGAUCCUUUAAACUCUAGAGAGGUACUAAUUUUUGAAUUUUAUGAGAAAGUGUCCUUCCGACUUUGCAAAUGACAUAGGUUUUUGAUGUGAAAAAAAAGUUUUCUAGCCUCUUUGGAAAAAAAAUUGUAGUUUAAAGCUCCCUAACCUUAAAAUGAGUGGCACUUGAAAAGUUUCUUAGACCAUUUAAAGGGAAAUACUCCGAGCAAACCCCAAAAAAAGGACAAUAAUGAAUUCCCAGGCCCCAUCCUGCCGACAAGUUGCGAUAAGAUUGAAAAUCUGACGACGAGCGGCGUGCAGACGAUCUACAUUGGAGGACAGUCGGUCGACGUUUUCUGUGAGGUCGUCCAACCGUCUGGAGAAGUCUUCACCGUCAUUCAAAGGUGCUUAUUUUCCAAAGAAAUUGUACGAUAGAGCGAGUUUGACAGAGAAAAUGAGCCGACUUCUUGAAAAUAUUGGCUGAGUGUGAAGAGAAAACUUGGGGUUCGAUAACUUCUUUUUCGUAAUAUUUUUUGCACGCGAAAAAUCCUUGUAUACCAAAACUGCAGCGGAAAAAUCAGAGCUGUUCUCAAGUCGGGGCGACCCCGGCCGAGGCCGCCCCGACCCGACCGCAACGCGCCCCUGAGCGCCCCGGCCCGCGAAGCGGUUUUCAUUCAGGCCCCCGAAGCGAGCGCGAGGAUUUUUUUUUCCGUAUUUUUUGUUUUUUUUUUAGUUUUUUAUAUUGAAAAUGAACUUUUAAGUUAUUUAUGAUCCAUGAAAAAUUUUUAAUUUUAUUGUUUUUUUGACAGAAAUCGUGCUUUUUUUGAUUUCACUUUUUUUCGCAUCUUUUUCGUUUUUUUCUCUUUGUAAAUAAAUAAAAUAAUAUUUCAAAUAGUGGUUUGAAUGAAUUUUUUUGCAAAAAAAUGAAAUUCCUGAUGAUGUGAAAAAUUUCAAAUUAUUUUUUUAUUUAUUAAUUUGUUUUUCUCUAGUUCUGUAAAUUGUUCUGGCCACUUAGGAAACUAUUGAAUUUUUUUGGAUUAAUAUCUCAUUUUCAUCGGUUUUUCUCUUUAUGUGCUCGAUAAUAAAUGUUUUUUUGUUUCACUUUCAUUUCAGUAAAACUUGCGCUUUCCAUAAUUCGCAAAAAACCGGGAGUCAAAACAAAAUUUGUAUCUACGGGUCGACCGAGUUGACCCUUACCAAAGGCCGACCGCGGCCGCCCUCGAAUACGCCGCAAGUCGGGGGGCCCUCGGUCGGCCGCGGUCGCCCCGAGAACAGCUCUGGGAAAAAUGAACCAAGGCAUGUGCGACAUAAUUAUUGAAACAGGAUAGUUUUGUAGUUUUUUUCUAGGAAUUUUUUUGGUUUUGUUUUUUUGUUGCCGCACUGUUUCCCUUGUUUUAACUAGCCCCCCCGUCCAAGCCAAAAUCCGAAAGAAGGGGGGUCGAAACUCAGGGGGCGACUCUGUAAUCUAAAAAUGCCCCCACGCGGUACUAAUUGGAGCCGAUUCUGAACGCCUAGGCAAUCUUUCAUAUUCGCCCCUAUUUUUACUUUGAAAUGCCCCCUCCUUCGCAAAGCUCAUUCGAACAAGUACUUCUCACAUUUCAGAAUCCCCCCCCCUCCCCAAGUUCAGAAUUCGCGGUCUUAUUUCGGAUCAUUCUUUCCGUUUUAAGCGGGGGGGGAGGGGUGAAACUAUGAAGCGGAAAAGUGAGAGCAAAACCAUGUGCGUCAUAAUUAUUGAAACAGGAUAGUUUUUUUCUAGGUAUUUUUCAGCUCUGUUUUUGGGAAAAUACGGUAAUCCCUCUCCUCUAAAAUGUCCCCCCUCCCCCGCGAUAUAAAUUGGGGCCGAUUCUGAACGCCUAGGCAAUCUUUCACAUUCGCCCCCCCAAACUACCCCCUCCAGAGCUCAUUCGAACAAGCACCUCUCUCACAUUUCAAAACCACCCUGUCCCCCACAGUUCGGAAUUGCCGGACUUAUGUGUGAACGGGGAUUUACUAAAAUAUAUCCCCGUAAAAGCAACUGUGAUGCGGAAAAAUGAACCAAACCAUGUGCGCCAUAAUUAUUGAAACGAGAUAGUUUCUCAGCUUAUAUUGAGUAUAUUCGCAGCCUUGGUUUUAUUAUUUUCAUAAUAGUCAUUUUUCGAGAUUCCGUAGAUUGAUAAGAGCUUACUUCCCUCUGGAAUUUGCUUAAUAUAUGAUUUCCAGUCGUGGAAAUGAAGACACCACCGAUUUCGACGUCUCCUUCGACACCUACAAGAGUCCUCUGGGCAAUGCCGGAAAAGCGACGAACUUCUGGCUUGGACUCGACAAUAUGAACCAAUUGACUGGAUCCGAUACAUUCGGAUUGGAGGUUUUUUAAAAGAAAAAAAAGAAAAAUUGAAUUUAGUAGAGUUCUAAUAGACCAGCUUCCAGAAGCUUCAUUCAUGUAGUUUCAAAAAACCUAAAGUGGUCACUUAGGAAGGCUCGAGACCUUUUAAGUGGCCACUGAGGGAUCUCGUAACUUGAAGCAGCUCUAUAGUGACCACUGGAGGGUCGAAAUCUUGCGGGCGACAUUUUUUUUUCUAAUUUCUCAUGGGAAAAGUUUUAGUGGCCACUUUAGUGUCCUCUCCAAGUAGUCUUUUAGGACCACUUAAGUGGCCACUGAGAGUUCUAGUUACUUAGAAGCUACACUCAAACUUUUAUAGUGACCACUAGAGGGUUAAAAUCUCACAGGCGACUUUUUUUAAAUUCUUAUCGGAAAACUUUUAGUGGCCACUUUAGUGUCUUUCCAAGUAGUCUUUGAGGACCCCUUAAGUGGCCACUUAGGGCUUUCGUAACUUGAAGCAGCUCUAUAGUGACCCCUGGAGGGCCAAAAUCUUAAAGGCCACAUUUUUCUGAAUUUCUUAUCGGAAAACCUUUAGUGGCCACUUUAGUGUCCUCUCCAAGUAGCACUUGAGGACCUCUUAAGUGGCCACUGAGGGAUCUCGUACCUUGGAGCAGCUCUAUAGUGACCACUGGAGGGUCGAAAUCUUACAGGCCUUUAUUCACUUAAUUCUGAUGAGAAGUGGCCACUUUAGUGUCCUCUCCAAGUAGCACUUGAGGACCCCUUAAAAAUUAAUUUUUAGUCCCGAAAUCUUUGUUAAUUUCUUCAGUGGAAGUAAGAGUGAGGUGACAAAAAUUGAUGAAUAAAAUUGAAAUUUCCAAUAUUUUUAUCCAUUUCCAGAUCGACCUGUGCUGCAAUGGCGCCAUCAAAAAAAGCUCAUCUACCACAAUUUCAAGGCAUUUUUGGAAAAAAAUUUAUUUAUAAAAAAAUGUUUUUUUCGAAAAAUUAGAUUGGAGACGUUUCUACGACGUACAAAUUGAGUGCGACUGCCGAUUUCGGAAACACUGGUCUGAAUUAUCCGACCACGUUCAAGCCAGCUGGUGGGUUUUCCCUUUGAGACCUAAUUUGGAAUGGCUCGAGCUUUUGCGACCAAAAAGUUUUGGAAAAAGCGCGUUUAUAGCCAGUAAAAUGCCAAAAUAAAGCUUUUAUCCGUGGCGAAAAAUGAAGAAAUUCGAAUUUUUUCAGGAACCAACCGGGAUAUCGGUGUAGCCUUCUCUACCAAUGCGACCUACGUUGGAAAUAGGUAUAAAUUGAAAAAAAUUCCAGAAUCCCCCCACUCCCCCAAUGUCCGAACUAGCCCCUAUCAAGGAAAUUUUUUUGACUGGUGUGGGGCGGAGUCAAAGAGCUUGGGGGGGGUGAGUAUAUUUUAUUCGAAUCGUCCCCCUUAGUGCUAAGGGGGGCGAUUCUAGAUUUCCUACGUUAUCUUCCGAAAUCACCCCCCACCAAGGCAAUUUUUUUGACUGGUCAAUGGCGUAAUCAAAGAGCUUUUUGGGUGGGGGAAAGCGAUUCUAGAAUGCCUAGGUUAUCUUCCAGAAUAGCCGUUCUCCCCCCUCAUUUUAGGCUCCCCCUCACAUCAUUCUAGAAUCGCCCCCUCCUCAACUUCAUUUUAAAAAAUUUAAAUCCUUUUUCCUUUUUUUCGUUCGAUUUGUUUUCUCCUAGCGAGUAGAAAAGGGGGGUGAUUAAAACAGACGAAAAAUAAGAGAAAUUGUGUAGAAAAAUAACUUUUUUUAUUCAGAGCAGUUUGUGAAGAACUCGAAUACGAAGAUGAUGCCGGAAAUGAAAUCGUUCCUAGCGGGUUUUUUUAAUUGUUAUUUUUCAAACUCGAUUUUCAACUUUUAGAGGUUGGUGGUUCGGUGGCUGUGGUAACAAUUUGAACGGAAAAUAUAUCAAAAAGCACGCCGGGAACGAAUUGCAGCAUUUCGUGAGUUGAACUUGAUGAGGAUGAUGGAAAAUGGCCUUUUUCAGGGCUUCAAUUGCAACCAACAAGGCGUUGGGUAUCAAUAUGCGAACCACUGAUGGUAAAUUUUGGUAGAAAGAGCAAAAAAUCCUAAAUUUUUGUUUUUUAGAGUUUGAAAAAACACAGAGAAUGAAAAAAAGACAGCUUUUUUUUAAUCCGCAAUUCAAAACGUUUCGUAGGUUAUGGUGCUUAGGGUGUACACACCGAGACGCACUAUCGCAUACUCCAUUUUUUUAAAUUUUAGAAAUUGGAAUUUGAAGAUAAUUCUUUGAAAAACUAGAUAAAUAAAUAAAUCUUUCAGUAAAUCUUAAAAAUUUCUGACGUGUGUGCCUUGUAAUCCAAAAACGGGUCCUGAAAAGAUCAAAAACUACCGUAGUCCUACAAUUUACGGCGUUCAUCCCUGAUUUUUUUAAAAAUCCAUUUCACUGCUAAGAUGUGACACAGCAUUGAGCAUCUCAAAAAUCCCCUGUCAAAAAAAAUAAUUUCUCAAAUUUUCAGGUCCCUUCGGAUCGGAAGGCGAUGACGUUGACUUUGUGAGCUACGACCGGGUCCGAAUGGCGAUUUUCACGUUCGAUUCGGCCAAAAUCAACCAAAACUCCGACGACGCCCAAUUCUGUACCUAA